UCAGAAAUAAAAAACCUUGUGCAAUUUUUUUUUUGCCUUUUCUUUUCUGAGUGUGUGUAAGAACCUUGUCCUUAAAUCGUGUGUUCUGUUGAAAAAUCAAAAUAUAAUAAUAAAUCACCAAAUCUGAGUGGUUUCUUCACCCAAUUUUAUAAUAAUGAAAUGUUACUAUUUUUUUAUUUUAAAAAAUAGUAUAGUAUUUAGUGAUUAUUGAUAUGAAAUUGGACCAUAACAGUUAACAACCAUUACGAUACCUGUUGGUAGGUGAUAUGAAUCAUUUGUAAAAAUGCUUUACACAAUCUCAUUUUUGCAUAAUCUUUUAAUUUCAUAGGGUUUGUGAAUUGUGAUUGUGACUAUUGUACUACACAUUCAACUGCAUUUAAGGAAGUAAGUUUUUGUUUAUAGAAGAAGAGGUUUCAUUAUCUUGAAAACCAUGAAAGGUAAGGGUAAGAGAAGUACUGGUAUGGUUCAAUUGGAUUAUCUGAUUCACAUACAUGAGCUAAAGCCUUGGCCACCAUCGCAAUCUCUCAGAUCCAUUCGAUCUGUGUUGAUACAAUGGGAGAACGGCGAACGCUCUUCUGGCUCUACCAAACUUGUUUCCCCUUCACUUGGUUCUCUCAUAGGUGAAGGGAAAAUUGAGUUCAACGAGUCGUUUAGGCUUUCUGUGACACUGGUGAAAGAUAUGUCUGUUAAAAAUUCCGAUGCCGAAGUUUUUCAAAAGAAUGUUUUGGAGUUCAAUUUGUAUGAGCCUAGAAGGGAUAAGAUUGUUAAAGGUCAGUUGUUGGGGAGUGCUAUCAUAGACUUGGCAGAUGGUGGCAUAGCUAGAGAGACUUUAAGCAUUGCUGUACCGUUGAACUGCAAGAGAAACUACAGAAACACGGAUCAGCCGCUUUUAUUUGUUAGAAUCGAGCCUGUUGAAAAGAGUCGCAGUAGGUCCAUGUUGAAGGAAAGUUUGUUGUCGAAGGAAAAUGGCAGUGGUGAUUCUGUGUCGGCAUUGAUGAAUGGAGAAUAUGCUGAGGAAGCUGAGAUUGCUUCUAUUACUGAUGAUGAUGUCUCCUCUCAUUCAUCUGUUGCCACAGUUACAACUUCUCCAGAAUCGAGUGGGUAUAAUAUGCCUCCUGAUCAUGAAGAGAAUGGAACAGCUCAAAAAAUGGGAAGGAAUGACAAGAAACAUCAAUUGGUUUCAGAAACAAAGGUUGAAAAAUCAAAUAUGAUGCAGCAGGAGAGGAGUUCAUCGCCCGUGUCAUCUAUGGAUGUAUCAUCUGAUGUUAGGAGUCCAAUAUAUGGUCAUAGUUCUACAAGCAGGUCCGGAAGCAGUAAUCAUGAAAAUUUGGAUAAGGAGAUUCAUGAAAAAACUGCUAAUUGUAUAAAUGUAAUACCAAAUGUUCAAACAAACAGUAAUGAAGAUGCUUAUGCAAGCAACACUGCUUCUCUAGAUAGUAAUUGCUUAAAGAACAAGAAUCCAGGCUCGAUAAGCAGUGAUGGUUUGGAAAUCAAGGACAAAUUAAGCGAGAGAUACGAGGAAGCUGACAAAUAUUGUGUGGAGGAAAGAGGAAGUGAUGAAUAUUACUACAAUUCCGUUGAAGACCAACUUGAAAAUGGAAUGUAUAAUUUUGAGAAGCAAAACCAUUUAGAAGAUAAUUCAGUGACCCAAGGCAAUAUUUCAAAAAGUGAAAGAUCAAAAUAUGUAAAGUCAGUAAGGUCAUCAGGAGACUUGGCGAGGAGUAUCGGAUCACAUGGUAAAAAUUAUUAUGCCGAGGUAAAGGAAAAUGGAAUUAAUGGAGAUGCUCAAAACAAUGGAGGGAAUAUAAGAAGCAGUGAAAGAAAAGAUGUUAAGAUUUAUCCAAGGGAUGCCCGAACUACCGUUUUAGACAGCAAGAUUGAGCAUUUGGAAAACAAGAUAAAGAUGCUUGAAGGAGAGUUAAGAGAAGCUGCUUCGGUUGAGGCUGCCUUAUAUUCGGUAGCUGCUGAGCAUGGAAGCUCCAUGAGUAAGGUUCAUGCCCCGGCUCGACGUCUUUCCAGGCUUUACUUUCAUGCUUGUAAAGAAAAUAUUCCGGCAAGAAGGUCUGGUGCAGCUAAAAGUGCUGUUUCUGGAUUAGCACUUGUUGCAAAGGCAUGUGGAAAUGAUGUUCCAAGGUUGACAUUUUGGCUGUCUAAUUCUAUUGUUUUGAGAACAAUUAUAAGCCAAACCACCAAGGAAGUGACACCAUCAAAUCCUUCACAAAAUAGCGCAAGAAGGAAGAGUGGAGAGGGGAAUGGCAAGACAGUACAACCAUUAACAUGGAAAGGGUUCUCUAAGAAAAGUGAAAAUAUAGCAAAUGAAUAUGGUGGCUUUAGGAACUGGGAUGACCCAAAUGUGUUCGCAUCGGCACUUGAAAAAGUUGAAGCUUGGAUCUUCUCUCGCAUUGUGGAAUCUAUUUGGUGGCAGUCUCUGACUCCACAUAUGCAGCUUGUUGAUGCAAAGAUUACUAGCUCACAUGAUCAAGAACUGGGAAAUUUAUCACUAGACAUUUGGAAGAAUGCUUUUAGAGAAUCCUGUGAAAGGAUCUGUCCGGUCCGAGCUGAGGGGCAUGAGUGUGGCUGUCUGUCUGUUCUGCCUAGAUUGGUAAUGGAGCAGUGCAUAGCGAGAUUAGAUGUCGCUAUGUUUAAUGCCAUUCUUCGUGAAUCUGCUGAUGACAUUCCAUCUGAUCCUAUAUCUGACCCAAUUAGUGAACCCAAGGCUCUCCCCAUUCCUCCUGGUAAAUCGAGCUUUGGAGCCGGUGCUCGGCUAAAAACUGUGGUUGGUAACUGGUCUAGAUGGCUGACUGAUCUAUUUGGUAUCGAUGACGACGACUCGCUUAAGGAUAAAGAUGAUGACAUUGAUAACAAUGAUGAAAAUUCAUCCUUCAAGGCCUUCCAUCUUCUUAAUGCACUAAGUGAUCUCUUGAUGCUUCCUAAGGAUAUGCUGUUAAGUGCAUCCAUCAGGAAAGAGGUUUGCCUAAUGUUUGGUGCAUCAAUAAUCAAGAAGAUUCUAGACAAUUUUGUCCCCGAUGAGUUUUGCCCUGAGCCAAUUCCGACUGCCGUGUUUGAUGCUCUGGACUCACAGGAUGAUCUUGAGGAUGGAAACGAGUCUGUCAACCACUUCCCAUGCAUUGCUGCUCCAAUUGUAUAUUCACCUCCACAAGCUACAACCAUUGCAAACAUUGUUGGGGAGAUCAGAGGUGAAUCUAAGCUCAGUCAGCUGAGAAGAAGCAGAUCAUCUGUUGUUAGGAAGUCGUACACCAGUGACGACGAGCUUGAUGAACUAAACUCCCCAUUAUCUUCAAUUUUAUUUAGCAAUUUCCCAUCACUGGUAUCGGCAAAACCCAACUUGAAUCGGAAAGAAAGUCGCAAUGAGUAUGCUGUCAGAUAUGAACUUCUUAGGAAUGUUUGGGUACACAGUGAGUGACCUUGCAGAUAUCAGAUUUUACCUCAUUCCUAUAACAUGUAUUGGAUGUCACUGUAGAAAUAACAUAUAUACUAAAGCUUUUAGCAGAGGGAGGAAAAACAACUAAUGAGUAUUCAAACACGAGAUAGUGAAAAUGGCAUGCAUGUAAAUAAUGAAAUUGAGUCUAUGCUUGUACUAGUAAUGUAUAAUAAGGUAAUGCGAGGGUAGAUUCUAAUUUGCCUUAUUUAAUGGCUUUCAUAUGCUGUGUUUGCUAUAUUUAAAUUCCGAGUUCCAAGGACAA